UAACUCCAUCCUUAUUGAGUGGAGCCUGGUUCUGGAGUAGUGUGGAUGUGGUUAUUAUGCCCACACUUCCCAGACGAUCCGGACUGAGCUGUCACGCCUCGCUGCUGCUGCCGCCGCCGCUGCUGCUGCAUGGUCCUGCCCGGUGCCGCGGGGGUGCUGUAGCCGAGUUUCAGUCGGAGCUGCUCGGCUUCUCAGAGUCCGAUGUCCCCGGUGUCCUGUCUUAUGCUCACUGAGCCAAACCUUCCAGCUGCUCCCUGGCUUCACUUUAUCAGCUUCAAAGCCGCCAGUCGUCCCGCCUGUGGAGGACUCACGAGAAGACAGCGGACCUGUGAAAGUGCCACUGAAACUAUCGUCGUCGGCUCCCUCCCUCUAUCCUUUCUUUCUCUUUUGAAGUCUUUUCUGUUCACCGGGAGAACGGAGGAGCCGCAGCGCCGGGAACCAUGAGCGGACGCGGGGACGAGGCCGGGGAGAGCUCCGGCUCCCAGGAGCCCACGGGGGCCGCGGAGCCCCAGAAGAGGAGGCCGGGGAGACCGAGGAAGCCCCAGAAAGAGCCAAGUGGAGAGCCUGUCCCCAAGCGACCAAGGGGCCGCCCCAAAGGAAGUAAGAACAAGGGCCCCUCCAAGGCAGCGCAGAAGAAAGCCGAGGCAACCGGAGUGAAAAGACCCAGAGGACGACCCAGGAAAUGGGUCCUGUCCUCUAUGUGCAGCACUCUGAGCAAUCUUACUUUGAAUCUGAUCAACCCAUUAGCCAAUGACGAAAGGAGAGGCAUUGUCCCCCCUGAGGUACAGGAGACUGGACUCAUCGGCCAAGCCUUUGAGGCACAGGUGGAGUGCGGCGUAAGGAUCAGGCCUCACACGGACAUGCGGAAGAGGAACAUUGACUGUCUACAUGAAAGGAAUUACCCAUAG